CGAUUUAGUCAACUCAGUUCAGAAACUUCAUCAUGCAUGGAAACAUGCUCCGUUUGGUGCUUAUAAUCUCGGCAAUAGUGCUCCAGUUUUCGACUUGUAGUGUUUUAAUUGAAAAAAUCGACGAGGAAAGAGUUGAAAAUCAAUGUAAUUUAUCAGAAGAUUUAGUAAACGAAAUACGUGGAUAUAAAAAUGUAGUUUCGAAAAUAACCGAUCAUAUUUUAAAUGGCAAAUUUAAAGGAGAAGUGCAUAAGAGUCUGCAAAUAUUUACGGACAAAUUUGGAUCAAGAAUGGCAGGCUCAGAUGCUUUGGAAAAAGCAAUAGAUUAUAUGGAAGAUCUUCUUAAGAAUGAGGGACUGGAAAAUGUCCACACUGAAUCAGCAAAGGUUCCUCAUUGGAUUAGGGGUUACGAAAGUGCUACUCUAGUUCAACCAAGGAAGGCGAAAAUUGAACUAUUAGGUCUCGGUACAACUGUUGGAACACCCAGAGGUGGAAUUAUCGGAGAAGUUGUAGCUGUACGAACAUUUGACGAGUUACAAAAGUUACCCGACUCAGAGGUUAAAGGAAAAAUAGUUGUGUUUGCACCAACCUGGCAAGGAUAUGGAGCAACAGUUCGCUACAGAAGUUCCGGUGCUAGUGAAGCCUCGAAAAAAGGUGCUAUUGCUGCUCUUAUACGUUCAGCGACACCAUUCUCAAUUGCAUCGCCGCACACUGGAUCACAAAAUUACGCUCAAGGAGUUAAGAAAAUACCUACAGCAUGUAUAACGGUUGAAGAUGCUGAAAUGAUUUGGCGGUUGUAUAAUGAAGGAGAAAAUGUUCAAAUUCGUCUAGAAAUGGAGGACUAUAACUUAGAACCUGUCAUCUCACGAAAUACCGUAUCUGAAUUACAAGGAACAACUUCCCCCAAUAAAUCUGUUGUUAUUCUAUCUGGUCACUUAGACAGUUGGGAUGUUGGUGUAGGAGCUAUGGAUGAUGGAGGCGGAGCUUUCAUUUCAUGGAAAGCAGUGAAAUUCCUAAAAGAUAUGGGCUUAAGACCAAAACGUACUAUUCGAUCUGUAUUGUGGACAGCUGAAGAAUAUGGUUAUUAUGGAGCUAAGGAAUAUGCUAAACAACACAAGGAAAACGAACUUGAGGAAUUUAAUUUCUUUAUUGAAUCAGAUACCGGGACAUUUGAUCCGGUUGGAUUGGACUUCACAGGAAAUAAGGAUGCCGAAUGUAUUUUCAAAGAAGUAUUAAGCUUGAUGGCUCCUCUUAAUGCAACCCAAUUUGCAACCCCAGCAGAUGGAGGACCUGAUAUUUCAGUAUGGCUUGAUCGUGGAUUUCCAGGAGCAUCAUUGUUGAACAAAAAUGAGCGUUAUUUUUGGUUCCAUCACACAGAUGGCGAUACGAUGUUGGUUGAGGAUCCUGAUAGUUUGGACCGUUGUGUUGCUUUGUUUGCUUCGACGGCAUAUAUCAUUGCUGAUUUGAGUGUUGACAUUCCUAAAGAUGUUAAAAAUUGAGUUGAAUAAAUAUACAAAUAUUUUACUUACAUACUUACCUAUACCUACAUUAAAUCCAUUCAAGUAUA